GCACUGCGGGGCAUGAUGGAAGUUGUAGUCCUCGUGUGCCGAGCGGUAGGGACUCGCCAUGACCAAGUGCAUCGUGAAGGGAUGUUCCAACACCACCGGCAAGAACAGCGGGGUCAAACUCCACGGCUUCCCCAACUCGCUGGCGCUGAUAAAGCUGUGGCUCGAGCAGAUCGGGGACAGCGUGGGAGACGUCGAUGCCCUCGCGCAGCGCAUUUUGGAUUCGAGGAAAAGGUGGAUUUUCCGGAUCUGCUCCGCACAUUUCUCGCCCCAGAACUACGUUUGGGACGGCAAGAAAUCGAUUUUGAGGGCAGACGCCGUCCCGACUAUUUUCCCGGGGAAAAAGAAAUCGGAAGCCGCGGCCACCACAUCAGGCAAUAAGACCGGCAGACGUCACCCCAAACUGCAGCCGGUCGCUCACGCUCAGACCGGUACCAACGCGAGCACCGGGAGAGGACAUUCCCGGCUAUCCUGCCAUUCGGGUCGCGCCACCAAAGAUGCCUACACGUCCACGCACAACAAGAUGGUUGAUGCCUCCACGUCCACGGAUCCUCAGUGUAACAAAGUGGACAAAGGGGUUCAGUGGCCAGAGUUCGAGUUUAACUUCAACGGUGAACCUUGGAAGGUGCAGCUGGACCACUUUUACCCCAGCUCUGGCGCCACGCACGUAAAAACCACAAAGAAGUGUAAAGCGCCUGCCCCAAACCCGGAGCCGCCUCCAGGGGCUGACAGUUCUGCGCUUUUGGAGCGGCACGAAGCACCUCGGCCGUGGCAGUCGUCUCAGACGCGCAAGACUCUUCCACCCAACAAGACCACGAGGUUUAACGCCAAGAGCCAGCCGUACGGCUCGAUGGCCACGGUCUCCGACGCCUCGGCGGAAAGAGAGAUUUCCGAAAGCGAUCUCGCCAGCGAAAGAAAGUUUAUCGUGUUCGAGUCCUGUCUGGAUGACCUGCUUUAUAAAGCCACUUGUCGCCAUGGCGACGGGUGCACGGCACGCAUUCGGAAACUGGAGAAACACGUCAACGGGACUUCCCUGUCAGUCACCGGCCACUGCCUCAGCGGUCAUCGCUCCCACUUGUGGCACAGUCAGCCGACCACGGGGGAUAUCGCCGCCGGGAACGUCCUGACGGCCGCCGCCGUGCUGUUUAGUGGCUCCAGCUUCCGGCAGCUGCAGGAGAUGAGCCACUUGUUGGGUCUUCAGCAGAUCAGUCUGUCCGCCUACCAAAAAUACCAGCAGGAGUACCUUUUCCCCACCGUGGAUCUGCACUGGCGGCAGGAGCGGCUGCGGCUUCGAGACGCCUUUAGAAACACGCAGCUGACGCUGGCCGGGGACAGGCGGCGCGAUAUUCCCGGCGACAGCUUGAAGUGCUGCGUUUAUACGUUCAUCGACGUGGCCACCAGCAGGAUCGUGGAUUUUCAGAUGGAGUGGGCCUCCCAAAGCACUUUGUCCGCCGACCUGGAGAAACGGACUUUCAAGAACGGUCUCGAUAGAUUGCUGCAAGACUUCGAGAUAAAGACCGUCGCCACAGACAGUCACCCGGGCAUCAGCAAAGUGAUGUCUCGCAGCUACCGCCACAUCAACCACGAGUUCGACAUCUGGCAGUAUGCCCGAGGAGUGAGGAGAAGACUGAGAGCCGCCAGUAGGAGGAAGUCCUGCCGUGAGCUUGGCCAGUGGGUCCCUGCCGUUAGUGACCACCUAUGGUGGUGCGCCAGCACCAGUCAGGGGAAAGAGGACAUGCUGCGGGAGCGCUGGCAGUCCACGCUUUUCCACGUCACAGACCAACAUGAGUGGGAAGGCGCGAGUCUGUAUCCUUCCUGUGCCCAUAAGCCGCUGAAGGCCGAGCAGCGCAGCGUCCGCCCGUGGCUGAGGCCGGGAUCUCCCAGUUUCAAUGCGUUGAGGGAGGUGGUGCUGGAUCCGCGGGUCACCAGAGAUUUGUCCCGGUUGUCACAGUUUUGCCACACCAGGGAAAUCGAGAUUUAUCACAGUUUUAUGCAAAAGUUUCUCUGCAAAAAGAAUCCUUUCACGGCGGACGCCACGGACGUCAGGGCAAAGCUGGCGGCCCUGGCCUACAACGCCAACGUGCACAAGCGGCGCACGCACAUCAAACACUCGCGGAGAAAGACGGGCGCCAGGCCGCGGAGGUGGGAGCUCGCGGGGUCCGGCAACACCCUAAUGAAGACCCUGAGCGAGCACGUGCCCCCCAUGAUGAUCGACGCUUUAAAGAUGUGUUCCAGCCGGCGUAGUCAGGGCUGGCGCUCUCACCCCGCGGCCGCCGAGCUCGGCACCGAAACCCAGCCGGUUAACGUGGUGACGUCGCCCCACGGGCACUCCGGGCUGCCGGGUGAGUGGGAAAUGCCCGGUGUGGGUUACGCCUGUUGAGUGUGGCCCAGAGACUCGUUGUUAUGGUUUAUGCUGGAAAUUGUGGAUUUCUAGAAAACAUUAAAUAUGCUUUUAUUA